CCACUCAAAACCACAGUCCUGGUUUUCCUUUGCUGUCCUUUUCCUCUUCCCCACACUUUUUUUCCCAUCACAACUUUCCCUCCUCCCAAACGCCCCGCUUUGGAUUUCUCAUCGUUUGUCGUCUCCUCCUCGAUUCCUUUCCUCUCCACUCACGUCUGCUGCUGGAGGCUAGGGUUAGGGUUCUCCCUGCUUCUUGGCACUGUUGAGCUAAGUGGCAAGCUCAAGUGGUUUAGUGCGCUUAAUUGGGUUCUGAACCUGUGGAAACAAAGCGAGACUUGGAAGUAAUUAGGGUUUGUAUCAGAGGAUAAUGCCGUCGGAAACUGGGGUCGAUGAUGAUGGUCCGUACUCGUUUGCCAUGGAGUACCAUGGCCCACCUGUUACUUAUGAUAUCCCUCGGGCCGUUCCGAUCAAUGUCGAGAAAAUUCCGGUGGCCACGGUAGUCGCCCAGGUAUCUCUCUCUGAUAAAUUGUCUUUGCCGGUUGUCCAGCCGCUGUUGGCACCAGAUCCUCGGUGUAAGAUGUUGUCGAAAGAGAUAAAGCUGGGUUCUAAAUCUACUGUUUCUCCGACUUCCGUGAUUGCUUUCGAGCGCGGAAGUGAAGAUGAUGGUGGGUGUGUAUCCAAGGAACUAGAUUUAGGUUCUGAAGCAACUGUUUCUCCAACUUCUGUGAUUGCCUAUGAGGAAAGAGCAGCAGCUGGUCAUGAAUGCGUGUUGUCGGGUGAGUUAACUAGCUCAGGUGCCCUGGAGUUUUCAGAUAAUCGUUAUGGUUCCAGUGAACUGUCGGAUGCGAUCAAAGCCUUGGCAACAGUGGGGUCUUCCUCCAGUAGCCGUGAACAUUCGAAUGAGCUAUUAGGUGGAGCUGGAAGCUCAGGUACCAUAGAGUUUUCUGACAGGCUGUACAAAUCACGGGAUUUAUCAGGGAGCUCAGGUGCAUUUGAGGUUUCAAAUGGUUGCAAAGAGAGUUUAGACUUCAAUGACUUGAAUGCUCCCGAUUGGGUCUCAACCGAGUCACAAGUGAGCUUAGAUUAUCCAUCUUCUAGGGUUUCUUCUCUUAAGGCUGGGGACUGCAGUAAUGAACCCGGUUGUGAUGUCAGGCGAACACCAGUUGUUAGUUUUCGGGGUAUUGCGUUGGAUGAUGAUACUAAUGAGGAAUUUAGUUCUGCUGAACCUGAAAUUGUGCGGCCAAAAAAGGAACCUGAAACUAAGGGAAAGAAGGGGUCAUGCUAUCGAUGCUUUAAGGGGAGCAGAUUUACAGAAAAGGAGGUUUGCAUUGUUUGUGAUGCAAAGUAUUGUAGUAAUUGUGUGCUUAGAGCUAUGGGGUCUAUGCCAGAAGGAAGGAAGUGUGUUACCUGCAUUGGAUAUCCAAUUGAUGAGUCAAAACGGGGAAACUUGGGAAAAUGCUCUCGAAUGCUCAAGCGUUUGCUUAAUGAGUUGGAAGUUAGACAAAUAAUGAAGUCAGAGAAAAUGUGUGAAACAAAUCAGCUGCCUCCAGAAUAUGUCUGUGUGAACGAAAAGCCUCUUUCUCAAGAGGAGCUAGUUUUAUUACAGAACUGCCCAAACCCACCAAAGAAAUUAAAGCCAGGAAAUUAUUGGUAUGAUAAAGUAUCUGGCCUUUGGGGAAAGGAAGGACAGAAGCCAUCUAAGAUCAUUAGCCCCAAUCUAAGUGUUGGAGGUCCCAUUAGGGCUAAUGCUAGCAAUGGAAACACACAAGUUUUCAUUAAUGGUCGGGAGAUCACAAAAGUAGAGCUACGAAUGUUACAGUUAGCAGGAGUGCAGUGUGCUGGCAACCCACACUUUUGGGUAAAUGAGGAUGGAUCAUACCAGGAAGAGGGACAGAAGAAUACAAAAGGGUAUAUCUGGGGCAAGGCUGGAACAAAGUUGGUUUGUGCUGUCUUGUCACUGCCAGUUCCUUCAAAAUUUUUAAGUCCUAGUGGAGAACAAGUGAAUAAUUUUGUUACCAGAGCUGUCCCUGACUACCUUGAGCAGAGAACACUUCAGAAGCUUCUUUUAAUUGGAAAUAAUGGAUCUGGGACGAGCACCAUAUUUAAGCAGGCCAAGAUUCUUUAUAAAGCCACUCCUUUCUCAGAAGAUGAGCGUGAAAAUAUAAAGUUGAAGAUUCAGAGCAAUGUGUAUGGCUAUCUUGGUAUACUCCUUGAGGGCCGUGAGAGAUUUGAAGAUGAAAUCCUGAUUGAAAUGAGAAAAAGGAAGUCUUAUCAUAAAUCUGACUCCAUAGGGAAUACUGAUGAUGAAAAUGAUGACAAAACAAUCUAUUCUAUUGGAACAAGGUUGAAAGCGUUCUCCGAUUGGCUUCUCAAAACUAUGGUGGCAGGUAAUUUGGAAGCCAUUUUUCCAGCUGCUACUCGUGAAUAUGCACCUUUGGUGGAGGAGUUGUGGAAUGAUGCAGCCAUUCAGGCCACAUACAAGCGGAGAAGUGAAUUGGAAAUGCUACCUAGUGUUGCUAGUUAUUUCUUGGAGCGGGCCGUUGAUAUAUUGAGAACAGACUAUGAACCCUCAGAUGUGGACAUCCUAUAUGCCGAGGGGGUUACUUCAUCCAAUGGGCUUGCUUGUGUGGACUUCUCAUUUCCACAGUCAGAACCUGGUGAUGAUAUUGAUACAGCUGAUCUGCAUGAUUCUCUGCUUAGAUACCAACUAAUUAGAGUGCAAGCAAGAGGUCUUGGGGAAAACUGCAAGUGGCUAGAGAUGUUUGAAGAUGUCCGCAUUGUCAUAUUUUGUGUUUCCUUGAAUGAUUAUGAUCAAUAUUCCUAUGAUGCAAAUGGGUCGUUGGUGAACAAGAUGAUGCUGAGCCAGAGGUUAUUUGAGAGCAUUGUUACUCAUCCAACUUUUGAGCAGAUGGACUUUCUUUUGAUACUAAAUAAAUUUGACCUGUUUGAGGAAAAGAUAGAACGGGUUCCACUAACCCAGUGUGACUGGUUUGAGGAUUUCCAUCCAGUAGUCAGCCGUAACCGCUCGAACAGCAACAGUAAUAAUAUCAAUAAUAGCCCCUCAUUGGGUCAGCUAGCUUUCCACUAUAUUGCUGUAAGGUUCAAGACACUCUACUCCUCUCUCACUGGCCGGAAGUUAUAUGUUUCUCUGGUGAAGGGUUUGGAGCUAAAUAGUGUUGAUGAAACUUUGAAGUAUGCAAGAGAGAUUCUGAAGUGGGAUGAAGAGAGGGCCAACUUCAGCUUGAGCGACUCAGUUUAUAGCACUGAGCCAAGCUCCUUCUCUCAUUGAAGUCUAAAUCAGAAAGGCUUGUAAAUGUGGGUCCUAUUCUGGUCUAUGUUUAUCAUUGCCGGUGUAUAUAUUAGGUCAUUGUAAUGAGCAAUAGAAGAGGUUGAUAAGCGGCAAUUGGUUCUGGUAUGUUUUGCUGCUGUCCAUGAGAUAUUCCAGCUUUUAAAAGAAUGUGAAGACUAAUUGAGAGGUGUCAUUCCAAAAGUCCUGCUGCUCAUCUGCUAUUCAGCAUUUGUUGGGGUAUUAGCAGAUUGCCACACAGAUUCAGGUGGAACUCUUAAAUCUUGUUGUCCUUUUAUAUGGAUGAGAGUAUAUUUUGAUGUUGUGAUUUUGUACCAUGUUUGUGUAGCUGUGCCACCUUCCAAUACAAUUCAACAAUAUUCAUUUGUAAUAUAAUAUGAAAAUGCAUCUGAUCCAAUUAUGGAAACCUAUCCCUUCCAUCCU